AUGAACCAACGCAGUAAAAACCUUGUGCUACUUGCACUUUCAAAUGGCAAUCAAAACUCCGUUGAAGUGCAAAAUUUAGCCAACUCUACAAGGAUGCCAUGUUCUGAACAUAUAUUGUCUCAUCAUACAAAUUCUGAGAAACAAGUAACACCAGCCAAUCUAGAUGACCUUACAACAACUACUCCAGAGCAGAAUGAUACUACUUUAGAGAACCCCAGUAACUCUCCGUCUAUUUUAUAUGCCACUAAUGAAACGAAUGAAUGA